GGAUACCCAGGUGGGAAGAGAGCAGCUAAAGAAAGAGAGAAAAAACAUAAAUCUGGUGGAGACACUCCCUGCUAAACAGAGAAGGAUAAACAGUUGCAUUCCUGCAAAGUUCCCCAAACCAGAUUCGACGGUCACCCUCCAGAAUGUGGCUCCAGGUGUUUUUCUUGUGUCUGUGCUGCUUAGCUCUGUCCAACCAAAGCCAGGCCCAAGACCAAGCCUCCCUCCGCCGCAGCAACGACCACGCCGGACGCUGCCACUACACCUUCACCGUGGCCAGUCCAGAGGAGUCCAGCUGCCCCGGAAGCAGCAUGAAACCAGAGAUGGAUGAAGUCUCGUCCCGACUCUCUUUGCUGGAGGCUUUGGUCAGCCGGCUCAUGGCAGGAGUGGACGGAGGCGCCAACGGGGCUAACGGUGGAGAGGCUCUCCAGGAAGCUUACGCCCAGGUUACGGGCGAAAGAAACCAGCUGCAGCAGGACAAGGAGCGUCUGAACAGGCAGGUCCAGGAGCUGCAGAGGAGGCUGGACGAGCUGAGUCAGGAGGCAGAGAGCCUCAGGCAGAAACCCUGCCAGCAGACACACUCCUCAGGAGGAACCCGGCGUGAAAACAGACCUGCCAGUGACCCUGCAUAUGAUUUUGGGAAUGGUGCGUACCAGGAGAUGAAGGCCGAGGUUACGGAGGUUCCAGCAUCCCACCUCAUUCCUGAAAGACAUCACAACUUCACAGGCUGUGGAGAACUGCAGUCAGUGGGCGAUCCUGUGCUGCACAGGAAGGCUGACAGCAUCACAGGAAAGUAUGGAAUGUGGCUGCAGGAUCCCGAGCCCCAGGGCCCUAAUUACACCAACAAGACGGUGUGGAGGAUCGACACAGUGGGUAAAGAUGUCCGUCAGCUCUUCGCAUAUGAAGAUAUGGAGCAAUUCUCCCGAGGUUUCCCUAUGAAGGUCCUGGUCCUGCCAGAGCCUGUGGAGAGCACCGGCGCAACCGUGUACCGCGGCUCCCUCUACUACCAACGCAGACGCAGCCGUACCCUGAUCCGUUACGACCUGGCCUCUGAGAGCCUGGCAUCGCGUCUUGACUUGCCUCAUGCUGGCUUCCAUGGCCAGCACCCUUACUCCUGGGGCGGCUACACUGACAUCGACCUGGCGGCGGACGAACAGGGCCUCUGGGCCAUCUACAGCACGAGCAAGGCAAAGGGCGCAAUCGUUAUUUCCCUGCUGGACCCCAAGAGCCUGGAGGUGAAGAAGAGCUGGGAGACCAACAUCAGGAAGAACACGGUUGCCAAUGCUUUCAUGGCGUGCGGACGUCUGUACACGGUGGCCAGCUACACCGCGCCCAACUCCACCAUCAACUAUGUGUUUGACACGACCACCGGCGUGGGGCGGGCUGCUGCUGUGCCCUUCAAGAACAAGUAUCAUUACAACAGCAUGGUGGACUACAACCACGCCCAGAGGAAGCUGUACGCCUGGGACAACUUCCACAUGGUCACCUAUGACAUCAGACUGGGCAGGAGCAGCUGAAGAGGGCACACAGAGAGACACUGCUGUUUACUGGACUCUGCUGAUGCGAGAGCAAGGGAAUGAGAUGAAACAUAUAAUCAUUUGCUUUGUCCUGGGGUCAUCUAUGUGUUUUGCAUCAUUAAAAUCUAUUUUUUCCUAUUACUAUUGUGAAUAAGAUCUAUAAUGGCAACAGAAAUAUAUUCGAAAAGCUGAUUAACGUAGCUAUGAUAGAGCCACUGAUGAUCUCAGUGAUCAAUACAAACAGUAAUCAUGGAUUUUUUUUAAAAAAUCUGUCAAUAAAUGUUAAUGUUAUUUAAGUUCUCAAUAAAACAUUUAUAAAAUGACACUCUUGCUUGUUUGUGUUAUCAUUUGGUUUGCAUUUUAGUCUUUGCAGUUACCUAGUUCUGGUAUUUGUUUAAAUAUAUCCAGCUGUUACUAAAACAGAAAUUCUUCAUCUUACAUAAUGCUUCUUCUUUUUCUUAACUUAGUCUAACUGAUGAAUUAAUUGUAUGAAUGUGACGUAUUAUAAAUUAUGCACAUGCAACACGAGA